UCUCCUUAGGCGAGCUCAACAGGAGUCAUUUCCAGAGGAAUGUCGUUUACUUGCCGAAGCGAAAUCUGUUUCAUCCAGAAGUCGCUUACUCACGUUGGCACCUGAACUGGAUACCUCAGCAGGCCUUAUCAGAGUAGGAGGUCGAUUACGACGUCUAGGAGGUCUUGACGGAUCGACACUGCAUCCUAUUGUCCUGGAUCCUACUCACCCCUUCACACGUCUUCUCAUCCAGAAAUACGACAUUGAUCUCCAUCAUCCAGGCCCUGAACGGGUUUUUGCAGAGUUACGGAGAUCUUACUGGAUACUGCGUGGAAGAGAAGCAAUACGCAAAUACCAGCGCACCUGUCCUGAGUGUCAGCGUUGGAGGGCGCAACCCUCAAUUCCGAGGAUGGCUGACCUUCCUGCCGCUCGGCUUAGGUUGUACAAGCCCGCCUUUUACUCCACUGGUGUUGACUGCUUUGGGCCCAUGAUUGUGAAAAUAGGAAGACGGCAGGAGAAACGCUGGGGUAUCAUUUUCAAGUGUCUGACAACGAGGGCAGUACACUUGGAUCUCCUAAGUAGCCUGGAUGCAGAUGCUUUCCUUAUGGCCCUGAGGCGAUUUAUCGCCCGAAGGGGAAAGCCUGCAGAGCUAUGGUCUGAUUGUGGGACCAAUUUUAAGGGGGGAGAUCGGGAACUCAGAGAAGCCUUUGCCAACAUGUCAGAGACCCUGCAGGGGCAGCUAGCCUCCCAGAAGAUUAAAUUUCAGUUUAAUCCCCCAGCAGCUCCACAUUUUGGCGGAGUGUGGGAGCGAGAGGUUCGUUCAGUGAAGGCAGCUCUCCGAAGCUGUGUGGGUUCCCAACCUCUACAGGAGGAGGUACUUCUUACAGUUCUUCUGGAGGUGGAAUCGAUACUGAACUCAAAGCCUUUGGGAUAUGUAUCAGCUGACGUGGCAGACGUGGACCCUGUGACUCCAAAUAGUCUCCUCAUGGGGCGGCCUGAUGGAUCCCUACCCCAGGUGGUCUACCCAGAGAUAGAAAACCUCAGUCGAAGACGUUGGCGGCACUCACAGAUUCUUGCUGAUCACUUCUGGGCAAGAUUCAUCAGAGAAUACCUUCCUGGCUUACAGACAAGACACAAAUGGCAAUCAAGCCCUCCGGAACUUCUGCAGAAAGCAAUUGUUAUGAUUGUGGAUCCCCAGCUGCCCCGCGCCUUAUGGCCGAUAGGUCAUGUGACCAAGAUUCACCGCAGUGAUGAUGGACUUAUCAGAUCAGCGGAUGUGAAAGUUAGUGAACAUGUCUACACUAGACCAGUUGCUCGGUUGGUUGUUUUACCAGCUGUGCCAGCUGAAGGAAAGGACACUGAGGAGGACAGCCAGAAGUCCCCCAAGACUUGAUAAAGCCUUUUAUGUUUAGCAAAUGUGUAACCACAUUUGGGGGCGGCUGUAUAAAAGGCGCUGACAUUUCUGUAUUUUAUUUUGUAAUGUUGGUUUAGAGAGUAUCCUAGGAAGUGACGUAAGUCGGAGUUUAGUGCUGUGCCCUGCUCAUGGGAGCAAUUUAAUAUACUUCCGGGUCAGUUUGCUGCGUUCUCAGCAUGUGAGACCGCAUUCAUGUUGUAGUCUUGAGAAGUGGUGCUCCGAGUGUUAAGUUGAUGACGGAAAACUACUGGCAACACUGAGCAUCACGACGAAUAAACCAGUUCGCAUCUAAGUCAAGUUUGAUCUCAUGUCCUCCUUCCUGUAUCCUGACCGAUACACCAUCCUGUUUGCUGCAAAUAACCUAAGAACCUAACCUAA